AUGGAGUCAAGUGCAAAGGCCACGCCUACCCCAACUGCCGCAGCAGCGGCGCCUGCGUUCAACACUGCGCCAGUUGCGGUCUUCUGGCUUGCUUGGGGUGGGCUUUGGACAGUGCUGUUGGUAUGCGGUAUGGCAUUUCUCUUUGUCAACCGCAAAAUGCCUUUUCUGAGGAUCCGCGGCCUGGCUUUGUCGUUUGGCGCUGUCACUAUGCUCCACCUUUACUGGCUUUCGGUGCAGAUCGGCCUUGCCAUCGGCCAGUUCGUCCCCGAUGGCGCCGAGUUUUGGGUGAUGGGCCUCUACCUCCCCUUCGGCAUUGCUCUUUUCCACGCUUCCAACAGCCGGUUCCUCCACAUCGCCAAGGCGCAGCGGAAAUAUGCAGAUAAGCCACUCACACAAUCCAACUCUCAGUUGGACGCCAGCAACGGGCCGGACAAGACCCUGACGGGGAAGUUCCGGAAGCUCGAUUACACCACCAAAAUGCUGGCCGUCGUAUGCACGGGCAUGCUUGUCCAACUUCUUCUAACAGUGGUCAUGUAUCUCGUCUCGCGCAAAUAUCACCCGUCGUUUGGUAUCCCCGGCACUGAAGUGACGGGAACUCCCGCAGAGCAAAAGGUCGAGAUGGGUAGAGGCUGGGAAUGGUGGCCUUCUGUAUUCUGGCAGUUCCUCUGGGCUUGGCUGGUUGCACCCGUGAUUCUCUGGAAAUCACGUGGAAUCCAGGAUACACAAGGGUGGCGUCUGCAGACCAUUGCAUGCUCUAUCGCAAGGAUCUGCCUCUCCAUCACCUUCAUUGAAAUUUUUGCCAUCUUUAUUCCCUGCUGGCAAGUCGUCAAACACAAGACUCUCAGACAGGAGACACUCGAGUCCAUCGCUGUCUGGGAAGCCAAGAAUAAGGCUCGCACCGGGAGAGAUUCUGUUAUCACUGGAUCAACCAAGGUUGGCAGCCAAGCUUCUGUCAGUUGGAAAUCGCUUGCACAGCUCGAGAAAGACACCAGUCAAGCGGAAAGUGUCUACACAAUGGGCGCCCUCGAGUACGUCUUGGACAAGAACCCCGAGCCCCUACGCAAGUUCUCUGCCCUCAGAGACUUCUCCGGCGAGAACAUCGCCUUCCUGUCAGCCGUCGCCGAAUGGAAGUCAUCAAUCCCUCAGAGCCCCGGAUCAUCACAUCGAUCUAUCGAGAUCUCACGGGAACGAUUCAACCGUGCCCUGCGCAUCUACACCGAGUUCAUCAGCCCUUACCACGCCGAAUUCCAGAUCAACAUCGCAUCGCAGGACUUGAAGCGGUUACAAGGCGUCUUCGAAGGCGCAGCUAGGAUACUAUACGGCGACCGAACGGAACGCUUUAGCGACCCUGUGGUGCCAUUCGAGGAUAACAGCUGGGGUGGACCUGAGUCAACAGCAGGUGGCUCGGAGAUGAGCUGUGUAUCACGAGAUGGCAGCGGUGACCCUAUUGCGGACCGAGUGCAGUACUGGGGCGAGAUCCCCGAGGCUUUCAACGCUGCUGUCUUUGACGACGCGGAGUCGAGCAUCAAGUACCUUGUCCUAACCAACACUUGGCCCAAGUUUGUCAAGGAGAGGCGGUAUUCACUAGACUCCGAGGACUCUGGGGAGACGGUUGAGACAUUCCAAUCAUCGUCAACAUUGUCGUCACGGGUCAAGAAGUAUUUUCGCACCAUGAAGGUCGUGGUAUGA